UACACUCUUAACAAUACUUUCCUGACCUCGUCACAAAGACAAUUUUAUGAAGACAAUGGUUUCUUGAUCAUCCGCCGGUUAAUUCCACAAGAGCAACUAGAAAUAUAUCAUGAACGUUUUAGAAAGAUUUGCUGUGGCGAUGUUAAAGUACCCGGUCUGACUAUCAUGAAAGAUGUUGCUAUAUCUAAGAAAGAAUUUAAUCCUGAUGACACUAUCACAAAAAUACAAGAUUAUCUGGUAGAUAGUAAUGAAUCAAUUAUAUUACUUUCAAAUCUUUUUUUAGUUGAUCCUGUUCUAGCUGAGUACUGUUCACAGCCUGAGAUAUUGCCUUAUGUAGAAUGCAUUACUGGUCCUGAUAUUAUGGCAAUGCAUACAAUGCUUAUUAAUAAACCACCAGAUUCUGGCUCUAAGACAAGCAGACAUCCACUACAUCAAGACCUUCAUUACUUUCCUUUCCGACCAGCUGAUCGAAUUGUUUGCUGGACAGCUAUGGAAAAAGUUCACCGUCUUAAUGGAUGCUUGGUUGUUGUGCCAGGAACUCAUACAGGAGAAUUACUUCGACAUGAGUAUCCAAAAUGGGAUGGUGGAGUCAAUAAGAUGUACCAUGGUAUCAUUGACUUUGAUCCUUCAGCUAAACGGAUUCAUUUGGAAAUGGAAGCAGGUGAUACUGUCUUCUUUCAUCCCAUACUCAUUCAUGGUUCUGGAAUGAACAGAACAAAGGAUUUCGCUAUUUCCUGCCAUUAUGCUAGUUCUCAUUGUCACUAUAUUGAUACGCAAGGUACAACACAAGAAAAUAUAACCAAAGAAGCAGAGGAACUUGCUAAGAAGAAACUUGGUCCAGAUGUAGGAAUCACUUACCAG